AUGGGGAAGCAGUCGGAAGAUGGGGCAGAGAAGAAGAAUGAUCGACAAGGCGGCCCGGCGAUAGUGGAGGUUAAUCCUAAGCCCCGAAGCGGAUUGGCUUCCACAGCCAUCGACUUGGCGGAGAAAUUGGCGGUGAAGCUCGCCCACGAUUCGCCUCAGCCUCUUCACUACCUCGCCGGCCUUUUCGCUCCCGUCCUCGAUGAGACGCCUCCUGCCGCUGAUCUUCCCGUUAAAGGAAACCUCCCUGAUUGCCUCAAUGGCGAAUUUGUAAGGGUUGGCCCUAAUCCCAAGUUCCCCCCUAUAGCUGGCUACCAUUGGUUUGAUGGGGAUGGAAUGAUUCAUGGGUUGCGCAUCAAAGAUGGAAAGGCAACAUAUGUUUGCCGCUACGUGAAGACAUCACAUCUCAAACAGGAAGAGUUUUAUGGAGGUGCCAAAUUUCUCAAGUUAGGUGACCUUAAAGGUUAUUUUGGCCUGUUCGCCUAUGGCUUGCGUAUGCUGAGAGAGAAGUUGAAAGUCUUGGACAUGUCGUAUGGACUUGGGACUGCUAAUACAGCUCUGGUUUAUCACCAUGGCAGGCUCCUGGCCCUUCAAGAGGCUGAUAAACCCUAUGUGGUUCAAGUCAUGGAAGAUGGAGAUCUGCAAACCCUUGGUUUGCUAGAUUAUGACAAGAGACUCGGACACGCUUUCACUGCUCAUCCCAAAGUAGAUCCAUUCACAGGAGAAAUGUUCGCUUUCGGCUAUGCAACUGAGCCACCAUAUAUCACCUACAGAGUCAUUUCAAAAGAUGGUUUCAUGCACGAUCCUGUACCAAUAACCAUACCAGAGCCCAUCAUGAUGCAUGACUUCGCUAUCACUGAGAAUUAUGCAAUUUUUAUGGAUCUUCCUUUGUGUUUCCGACCAAAGAGACUGCUGACAGAAAGGGGCUUCAUUUUACAUUUCGAUGCUAUGAAAAGUUCUCGCUUCGGGAUUCUCCCAAGAUAUGCCAAGGAUGAACUUCUGAUUAGAUGGCAUGAGAUGAGAUUCAACAUGAAAAGCGGACUUGCUUCACAGAGGAAACUGGCUGCAUCAGCUGUCGAUUUCCCCAGGAUAAAUGAGAGCUACACUGGCAGGAAACAGAGAUAUGUGUAUGGAGCCAUCAACAGCUUUGCCAAGAUCACAGGGAUCAUCAAGUUCGAUCUUUACGCGAAACCGGAGCAGGGAAAGACUAAUCUUGAAGUUGGAGGAAAUGUUCAAGGCAUAUUCGAGCUGGGACCUGGACGAUAUGGUUCAGAAGCAGUAUUUGUUCCUAGGGUGCCUGGGGUCACUUCUGAGGAAGAUGAUGGCUACCUGAUAUGCUUUAUGCACGAUGAAUUGACCGGGACCAACUUCAACAACAGGCUCACCUGUGACGACCGCUUGCCGCCUUCAUCAACAAUUGAUGAGGACGUCGAGGACGUCCAUAAUGGGAACGGCAGCCAUGCAACCGAAUGGACGAAGCCGUACGGAUGCAACGCCAAUAUGAUGACGUUAUUAUCAUCGACGAAAACCCCUUCACUAGACUUGCGGAAUCAGUCACCUGAACGCCCUAACCACCGGUGGGAACAGGGCUUUAGGGUAGAAAUUCCCCAGUUCGAUGGCAACAUGAAGCCGGAGGAAGUAAUCAACUGGCUAUCUCAGGUUGAGGAAAUUCUGGACUUCAAAGAAGUUCCCGAUGAUCGGCGCGUUUCUUUGGUCACGAUCCGAUUACACGGCCGCGGACAGGCAUGGUGGCAGCAGUUGAAACUCACCAGAACACGACAAGGCAAGGCAAAGAUUACGUGCUGGAGCAAGUUCAGGAAGCACUUGAGGGCAGCAUUUUUGCCUUAUAAUUUUGAUCGGGAAUUAUACCAGCGAUUCCAGAAUCUUCGCCAGGGUACUCACAAGGUAGACGAAUAUUCGACGGAAUUCUACUCUUUCCUGGCGUGGGUCGAUACUAAUGAGUCUCCUCUACAACUGGUCUCCCGAUAUAUUGGUGGGCUGCGCCUACAGCUGCAGGACGUACUGAAUAUGUUUGAUCCAUGUGAACGUCGCGGAAGCACAACAACGGGCAACACAGGUCGAGAGACAAUUAGCCCGACGUGGCGUUAG